AUAGAGAGUGACAUCGUGGCUUUAAAAACAUUCAGAAGGAUUUGGAGACAAGUGAUGUCAUACUGACUCCAUGGAGGGACUUUGGUGGGGCGAGGCUAUAAGUUGCAUUCAGAAUGUUCAACGUUCGGGCUUGUUUAAAAGGGGUCUCGAGUAACUGGGCUUGGAAACACUUUGUCCGAGCUUCUUGAGAAGCAUUGCUAGGGAGUAAUCAGUAUAGAUUCGGAUUUAUCAUUGGUUUGUCUCAGCAUUAGGUAGCUUCUCACAUUUGGUAAAUGUACAGUACUUGGAGGCAGAUAUACUCCUGAGAGGGCCAGAAGAAUCUACAAAUUUAGAUGUUUAUUCUUAAAAGAGAGCAGUCAGUGCUCUUCUUGCUGUAGUUAAGGUUUUGUAGCUUGAUGGCAGAAAGAAUGCAUUACAUGCAGAAGUCUUAGAUUCCCUCUAGUUAAGGGACGUUGGGUAGUAUGUGUGGCUUUUGAUUGCAGAUGUUGAUCGGAGCAGGCAAUAAUGUUUGAGUCUCUGUGCUGGUUUACAUGUGAUGAGCCCUGAUCUGCGGAUUACUUCUUUGCUUGAUCAAACUGGUUUGCAGUUGUGUUUAGGAGGACAAGUGCCGCCUGUAAUCUGCUGAGUCAGUUGUAAUCAGUAAGUAACUAGUUGAAGUGGAACACUUGAGAAGUGCUAGUGCAUAAGCAUUGGGGUCCUUGUGGUGACAAACCAGAUUAAGUUUUAAUUAGAAGCAGUGCCAUGCAAUUUCAUAUGUGUAUUUUUUGUUUAAUUCACUAAAUGUUUCAAAAUAUAUUUCUUUGAGUAUUUUGCAAUUUAAAACAUAACAUUGAAACAAAAAAAAUCCCAAAUAAAGCAAUGCUAUUAACCUAACAAACAGGCCAACACAGCAUAAAAUUUAGUAUUGGCUAUGAGUGGUCUAAGCCCAUUAUAGCAAGGUGGAAUUAACAUCCUUAUGUCAGGAUCCUUAAGUGGAGCAAACUGCUGUGAAAUGUACUUGCGAAUUCAUAGUGUAGUAAUGAUUUCUAAAAGCAUUGUUAUUUCAUCCUGUGAUGAUAAGGUGUGCUUUUGAGGCCUAUUUUGAGUAAGUCUUUCAUAUCCUGUCUAAACCUUUACACUAUUGACUGAGAAACUCAAAAUGCAAAUAUUUAUUGUGACUGCUCUAUUGACCAGAUAAAAGAAAGAACAGGUCCUUGUACUUUAAUUUUUGUAUAGGGGAUGCACCUUGUUACACAGGGUGACAAAAAAAAUUGUAGGAAACUUUGUCUUCUAAAUACCUUUUUGAGUCACGGGAGCCCUCUCUCAUUGUUGGAUGAUAUUGAUGGUUAAAAUAUAGUGGAGAAUAAAAAUGAUAAGUCUCACAUUAGUAGGCCUGAUGACCAGAGAAGUGUUGCUGAUGACCCAAAUUAUAUAGGAUGCUUAAAACAAAAGGGAGCUCCAAAAGGAUCUUUCCAGACUGGGAGAAAAGGACCAAAGGGAAGCCAAAAAAAAGCCUUAUUUAUUAUCAUUUUCCCCACUGUUGGCAUGGCAACACAGGCGUACGUAACGGAAUUACAGGCAGCCCAACAACAGUCACAACAGCAGCAACAGUCACAGCAACAGCCAGCAGCGACGGCGGCCACAGCGGCACCUGUGGUGGUGGCAGCAGCAGCUCAGCAGCAGUAUGUGGCAGAAUUGCAAGGUGCACAGCAGCAGCAGCCCACUCCAAAACAGUAUGUCUCAGAAAUCCCGCCUUCCCAGACACAGGCUCCACCCACUGGACAGCAAACACCAACACCAGCCCCACAGCAGUACAUUGUAGUGACUGUCUCUGAUGGCUCGAUGAGGCCCAGUGACACUGUUUCAGAAUCCAGUCCAGGCUCCACAGCCACACAGUCAGGCGUGCCAACUCAGGUGGUUCAGCAAGUCCAGGCUACGCAGCAGAGGUUAUUGGUCCAAGCCAGCGUGCAGACGAAGCCUGGAACUGUGUCCCCUCUGCAACUCACAAGUGUGCAAGUUCCACAGCAGCGGCUGGUGGUACAGAGUACUUCACAGACUAGUAAAGGAGGACCGGUCGCGCUGGCCGUACAUGGUGUGCAGCAGGUUCAUUCUUCUCCUGAGCGCUCUCCUGUCCAGAACAGCAGCUCUGCCACUAAACCAGGACAAGUUCAGCAGCUCCAGGUCCACGGAGUCCCACAAGUGCCUGUUGCACAAGAGAGGUCUGUUGUACAGACGACUCCCUCAACUCCCAAAGCAGGCACAGUGCAACAGUUGGCAGUGCAAGGACUACAACAGGUUCAUGUUACCCAAGAGGUCCAGCAGCUCCAGCAGGUACCUGUGCAGCAUGUCUAUCCUAACCAGGUGCAGUAUGUGGAAGGAGGAGAUGCCAGCUACACAGCAAGCACCAUACGCUCCAGUACUUACCCUUACACGGAAACCCCUCUCUACACCCAGAAUGCUGGAGCAAACUACUAUGAAUCACAAGCCACUCCAACACAGGUCUCCACUCCAGCAACCUCCCAGACAGUGGCCAGCAGUGGCUCAGUGCCCAUGUAUGUCUCUGGAGGGCAAAUCAUAGCCAACCCAAGCGGAGGGAGCAGUGCUGGAGGAGGUGGAGGCGGCGGCGGCGGCGGUGGCGGCAGCGGCAGUGGCAGCACUGCAGGAGCUGGAGGUGGUGCCGGCAGCAGCAGCGCAGGGACAUACGUGAUUCAAGGCGGUUACAUGCUAGGAAGUUCAAGCCAGUCCUACUCACAUACCACCCGUGCCUCCCCAGCAACUGUGCAGUGGCUGCUGGAUAACUAUGAAACUGCUGAGGGUGUGAGCCUCCCACGCAGCACCUUGUACUGCCACUAUCUCCUGCACUGUCAGGAGCAGAAACUGGAGCCAGUCAAUGCAGCAUCCUUUGGCAAGCUGAUCCGUUCUGUUUUCAUGGGGCUCCGUACUCGUCGACUUGGAACCAGAGGGAACUCAAAAUACCACUACUAUGGGCUGCGCAUUAAAGCCAACUCCCCACUACUGCGGCUCAUGGAGGACCAGCAACACUUGGCCAUGAGGCAGCAGCCAUUUUCCCAGAAGCAAAGGCUCAAGCCCAUUCAGAAGAUGGAGGGCAUGACCAAUGGAGUGGCCGUGGGGCAGCAGCAGGCUUCAGGGCUAUCUGACAUCAGUGCUCAAGUGCAACAGUACCAGCAAUUCUUGGAUGCUUCGCGCAGCUUGCCUGACUUUGCAGAGUUAGACCUCCAAGGGAAGGCCCUCCCUGAGGGCAUUGGGGCCGAAGAUGUGAAGGCUUUCCAGUUGCUCUAUCGAGAACAUUGUGAAGCCAUUGUUGAUGUGAUGGUAAACCUGCAGUUCACGCUGGUGGAGACACUGUGGAAGACCUUUUGGCGGUACAACUUGAACCAGCCCAGCGAAACCACCCCCAUCAUCAUUCAUGAUGAAGCUGAGAAGCGCCUCCCAAAGAGCUGCUUGGUGACACUGUCCAAGUACGAGCCUGUCCUCAAAUGGACGAAGGACUGCGACAACCUGCUGUACCAGGGGCUGGUAGAGGUCCUGAUCCCAGAAGUGCUCCGGCCCAUUCCGAGUGCCUUGACGCAAGCAAUCCGAAACUUUGCAAAAAGCUUGGAGAGCUGGCUGACGAAUGCCAUGAUGAAUAUUCCGGAAGAGAUGGUGCGCGUGAAGGUGGCAGCAGCAAGUGCCUUUGCCCAGACCCUGCGGCGGUACACCUCCCUGAACCAUCUUGCACAGGCUGCUCGGGCUGUCCUGCAGAAUACGGCCCAAAUCAAUCAGAUGCUGAGCGACCUCAACCGUGUGGAUUUUGCUAAUGUCCAGGAGCAGGCCUCGUGGGUGUGUCGGUGUGAGGAUCGCGUGGUGCAGCGCCUUGAGCAGGACUUCAAGAUGACAUUGCAGCAGCAGAACUCUUUGGAGCAGUGGGCAUCCUGGCUGGACGGUGUUGUCAGCCAGGUCCUCAAGCCCUAUCAUGGCAGCCCCAGUUUUCCCAAAGCUGCCAAGCUUUUCCUCCUCAAGUGGUCUUUCUACAGCUCCAUGGUGAUUCGAGAUCUGACCCUGCGGAGUGCAGCCAGUUUUGGUUCCUUCCAUCUCAUCCGCCUCCUCUAUGAUGAGUACAUGUAUUACCUGAUAGAGCAUCGUGUGGCCCAGGCCAAGGGCGAGACUCCCAUUGCUGUGAUGGGAGAGUUUGCAAACCUGGCGAGCUCCUUGAACCCUUUGGACCCAGAUAAAGAUGAGGAAGAGGAAGAGGAAGAAGAGAGUGAUGAGGAGAUGCCCCAGGAAUUGUCUCUCAGCUCUAACGAGUCCAGUAGCUUAACAGCCGAGCCCAUGGAGCCACCCUCAAAGCUGGCACGGACAGACUCGCGGAACAUCUUUGUGCAAGCGCUGCCCUCCAGUUAAAGGGUGACAAAGAAGGGACUGACUGCUUAGUGGCCAGCAGGAGGCCAGGGUGCAUCUUGCACUGCUUUGUGCUGCCCUGCGAUAAAGAUGAGCUGUUCCCUGUCUCCAAGUGGUAUGCAACGCGCUUUCAUUUCAUACCCUGCACCCCACCUGUGCCCCUGUGCAGCCCAAGCAAGUCCCCGGUUAGGUGCGCGCUCCCUAAAGGCCUGCCCAGACCAUGGCGAUGCUGUGGGAGGACUGGUCUUGUUGCUGCUUUGGGUUGCCUCUGCCUCUUCCAGCCACAUCCUUGAUGUCCAGGGAUAGUCAGAAACAGGCUUCAGCCUUGUGCCCGCACCCUUUAUCCACAGCUGCUUCUCUCUGCCGCUCAGAGGCGGUGAGUGUGUGCUUGUCCACUCACGGCUUCCAGCCCCAGGGCUCUCCACCCAUGCUGCUGGGAGUACAUAAAGUCCAUGUUUUUAAAUCAGCAAGUAGGUCCAGGCCCAUCUAGGUCUUGGCCUUUUCUGCCUCCUGGCAAGAACUAGGAUAUGCACAGUCCAGGCAAGCCCAGAUGAGCGAUGGAGGUGGCUGCCUGGCGAAUGACAUUGUGGCCACCUGCGUGGAUCAGAUUGAAUGUCACUAUAUCUUUCCUUGCCUCUGCCUUAGUUUUGCACUUCAGAUGGCUGUUGGAAACAGGAUUUAAUUUUCAAGAAGUGCUUGGGUUUAGGACAACACCUAUCAACAACCGUUGUUCUCGUUUGGGAGCAAGGUCUUGUGUUGUACGCUUUCCGCAGGUACAGCACCGACUGUGGGUUACUUUUUCCUUCUUUCUAUGGCAGUGUCUGAACACAGCCAUGGGCUUUCUCAGUGAGGUGAUGAGUGGUACUCAGUGCCCAAGUUAAAGGAGUGAGUUGACAUUGUCAUUUGGAAGAGGGCUGUAAGGGCUCUGUGCAGCCACGAAUGGUGCAUCGCAAUCCCUGUUUGCCACAGGUGUGUGCCUAAUGACCAUGUGCAUGUGCAGGCAUGUGCCAUCUGCUGCACCUGCCUUUGUAGGCCAGCAGGACCAGGAGGCUGCAGGCAGUUGAGAAGCCAACACGCGGAGCGCCAGCUCUAAGCAAGCAGUGUCACAGUCUGCACUUGGUACAUUUGGAAGCUGUGCCUGACAGUUCCAGGUUUGUAACAGAGCUCAUUCUGAUCAUCCAGCUGCUUUGAAGUACAUUGUCCAGGGAUUUGGCUCCCGGGUAAUUCAUACCACAUGACUGCUAAUCUUUAAAACAAAAACCAGCCUUGUGAUCAGCAUGUCUGAAUUCACUGAUGCCUCUUUCAUAAAGUACUAUGGAACUUCUGCUGCAAAGCAGUUUAGAUUCUACUGUUUUCCCUGCUCCUCCUGGUUCAUUUUAAGGGAGGGAGGCAACCAGCAGAAGCUGUAUUGUCCCUACUGAUUAACCUUCUUGUCUGUAGGUUUGAGCCUGUUGGCGUCUUUCAUGCCAUUAAUGAUAGAGCAGGCAUCUUGUGGCUCUUGGGCAGAUUUUAGUCUUUACUCUGGGAUGAAGCCAGACUAAAUGAUCCAUUUGAACUUUGCCAGCAGGACAAGCCCUGUGAGUGGCAUGAGAUAGAAUAUCGGCACCAAGUGAUGUCACACCUGAGCCAUGCAAAAUCAUAAUCUACACUCUUCUUGUGGCCAACUGAGAAAAGCCUCUGACACUUGGCUCCCUUGGUGUGUAGAACAGUAGCAUUACUUGUACAACCUUCCCUCAAACAUAGCUAAGCUGAGCCUUCUUUGUGAAUGGUCUGCUUGUUCUUUUGAAGCCUUGCCUGGUGAAGGCACUAACAACUUUUAAAUUGCCUUUCCUGGGGGUGGGGUGGGGAGGAGAAAACCUACUCUUCCAUGGUCCAAUAGGAGGCUUUGACCUCAGUGAGAUUUCAUUAAGGCUGCCAUAGUGGUGGGGCAUGGUAAGUCUUCACUGAAGUACUUGGAGUCCUGUUACACAGCAGUAAGCUGGAACUGGGGCUGCAAAAUCUGCUACAGCUGACAUAACUCUGGAAUCGAGUACACUCACUCGAGUUCAUGUAGCAGCCACACUGCCGUGCCAGCGAAUCUAGACUGUGCUACACUAGCUUAAUCGUUGCAGCCCACCUGCUGUUGCUGGUAGCAUGCCAAGGACACAACAGCCUGGAAAUCCAUUGGGAGAGCAGCAGUCAGUUCAGAACCAUCUUUAGGCCAGCGCUGCAAAUGUUACUCUUCCCUUCCAGGGCUGGUUUAAGCAGUAGCAGUGCUACUUGAAUUGGACCUGGGCUGGGCUUCAAGGCUACAACAAUGGGGGACUUGUAGUCUCUUAGAGCUACCUGUAGUAAAGCAUGGACACUUGGGCUCUAGGAACAGCUGUCUUACACCAGUCUAUUGAAUUGCUACAGGUGCCACUCUUUACUUUGACAUUGACCAAGCCAACUCUGGAAGAAAGAACUCAAAGCAAUACAAAGCACUGCUAGCUUUCAGGGUAGCCGUAUCAAAGCACUAUCACCCUCACUGUUUGAAUCCUAAUCAGUGCUAUUGUUUCUAUUUAUCCCCCUACAGAGCUCUUUCAGCCAGGGCAGCAUAAGGAAAUGGCUCUGAACAGCAUCAAAGGGUGGGUGCAGGGAGUCUAGAGCCCUCUUGAACACCUCUGUAGGCUUCAGGUUCCUAGCAAACCAUCUCCUUGCUCCUGGGAUGCUUCAUGUGAGGGUUUUGGCUCACAUUUCCAUAUACAGGCACAGAGAUGGCAAUUUGGGGAGCAUGCAAUUGAUCCAUCGUUUUCACUGGGCAAGAAAACAGGUGUACUAAGGCUACAUGCAGGCAGGCACAUAGCCCACACUGGCCCGUUCUCCUUUAGUUACCCCUCUUCAUAGCAGAAAUCACGGAGAGAACCCUAUUAUGCCAGGCACCACCAUGAUUAAAAUGGCAUCAUUUUAAUGAUACCGUUUUAUUUUCAGCCUCAACUACCUAGCCAAGCAACUGCUCUUAGCAACACCUGGCUGCUUCAGGCUUCUGUGAUUACUCAGCAGAAGUGACUCCACCCCACCCAGCACACCCACUCGCUUCAUCGCACAUGGCAGAAUUACCAAGCAGCUUUUCAACCUUGAUUUUUCUAGUGAGGCUAUCCUCUUCCCCAUUUUACUUCUGCAGCUGAAUAGAUGUACGUGUGUAUGUGGUGUGCUAAACUGGACCUUACCCUCUUUGUAGUCGCUAUUAAAAGUGCAACCUGUGCCUUUUCUAAUGAAAGGCUUUUAAAGAUUGUAGCCCAGUUUGUGAGCCCACAAGUGUCUCCUUGAAGUGAACUGACUGGAGAAAAACACACAGGUGCCAAUCCUUUUGCUUUGUCCUAUAGCAAAUGCUACCUUGAAAUAUUUUUUGCACAUAAGCAUCUUAGUUUUGAAUUACAGCAGGUAAACAGCAUCUUCAAGAGUCAGGUGGCAGUGAAAUAUUUACUUUGUUGGAGGCUUCACAGCCAAUUCCCACCAUGCCUAAGGCACUCACUUUCUCAGACGCACCUUAGUUACCGUAUCUGCCUCUUCUACCAUUUUCAGUAACAAGGCACUGCAAAAUAGGGAGUAAUCAAACAUGAUAUACUUUGUUUCUACAAUAUACUGUUUAUGGUCUACAGAAAUGUACAUCAAUUCUGUUGUCACAGACAUGUGAACAUACCUUGCUUUGUGAAGUGUAUGGAUAUGGCCAUCAGUGAGUAAAUGUGUAUUUCAUACCCCAACAGGGCUUAAACCAAUGAUCUGGAAGGGACAGGCCCUAAUCAAGGUUCAAGAAAUAUAUACUCUGUCCCAGCAUUCUCCCAGUCCCUUGCUCUCAAAUGUAUGCAGAUUGGCUUCUAGCUUUAGGAAAGUCCUACCUUUGCUAAGGAAAAUGGAUCUAGUUGUUUGCAAAAAACAAAAAAAAAUCCUCGCUUUUGUAAGCUAGCUAUUCCGUCUAUGAACUGUGCAAAAUGCUGGAACCUCCGAUCACACAGGACUCAACAACGUGAAUGAGCUUACUUUUUAUUCAGUUGCUGCCUUACAAAACAACAGAGUCCUUGCCCUCUGAACCAGGAUUCUCUCUGUCCAUCACACAAAUUGGCUGCAGAGCAGCCAGGGACAGUUAUCAGCACGUCCAACCCAGUCUGGAUGCUAGCUGAGAACAUAUUAGCCCUCAGUUUAAAAAAAUCCUCUGUUCCCUCUGUGCUAGUAAUUAAGCAAACAGGUUUGGUUACUUCUUAAGUGAGAGAAAGUAAUCACUCUUCUGGUUUGUAACUGAAUAUUAGAUAUUCUAGUUUUAAACAGAAAAAAAUAUCUGUGCUUUUAUAUGUAAUUACUAAUUCUUGUUCUAUAAACCACCUAAAUAUUGUGAGAUUGGUGAAGAUAAAUUACUUGAUAUUUUUGGGUUUUUCAACCAUCAUGGCCUUAUUUGUUCAAUUUUUCCAGUGUUUUAAACCUGUGAUAUAGAUGUUUAUUGCAAAAUCUACAUAUUGUAUAAAAUAUAUAUUUUGUGUCAAUCUUUUGUGCGGCAACAGCAGCUUUAGCUGCACUAUAGACUUCAAGUGGAGUUUGAAGAGCUUUGUAGGUGUCCUGGGUCCAUGAGAUGGGCAGUGCCUGUGGUCAGAUGAUGUACGUGUGUGUAGUCUAGAGUGCAAAAGCUGUUUUCUACCUUUUGUAGUUCUUUCUUAAGAAAUAAAUUCAGCUGUGUUCUUUGCCUAGGA